AAGUCCUUCUUCAAGCGUUCAGUGCGCCGCAACCUCACGUACUCGUGCCGCGGCAACCGCAAUUGCCCCAUCGACCAGCACCAUCGCAACCAGUGCCAAUACUGCAGGCUGCGGAAAUGUCUCAAGAUGGGCAUGAGGAGAGAGGACGGACGCCGGAACGGAGCUGUCCAAAGAGGCCGAGUGCCGCCGACGCAGCCGGCAGGAUUGGCGCUGCCCGGGCAGUUCGCCCUUGCCAACGGCGACCCCGCCGCCGGCCUCAACAGCCACCCCUACCUCUCCUCCUACAUUUCCCUGCUGCUUCGCGCUGAACCCUACCCCACCUCGCGGUACGGCCAGUGCGUCCAGCCCACCAACGUCAUGGGCAUCGACAACAUCUGCGAGCUCGCGGCACGCCUCCUCUUCUCCGCCGUCGAAUGGGCGAGAAACAUCCCCUUCUUCCCCGACCUCCAAGUCACAGACCAGGUCGCGUUACUAAGACUCGUCUGGUCGGAACUGUUCGUCCUCAACGCGUCCCAGUGUUCCAUGCCCCUGCACGUGGCCCCGCUGCUGGCGGCCGCCGGUCUACACGCAUCGCCGAUGGCCGCGGACCGCGUGGUUGCCUUCAUGGACCACAUACGGAUCUUCCAAGAGCAAGUGGAGAAGUUGAAAGCGCUCCACGUGGACUCGGCGGAGUACUCCUGUCUGAAGGCCAUCGUCCUCUUCACGACAGACGCGUGCGGGCUAUCAGACGUGCCGCACAUAGAAGGUCUGCAGGAGAAGUCCCAGUGCGCCCUCGAGGAGUACUGCCGGAGUCAGUACCCCAACCAGCCCACGAGGUUCGGCAAACUACUGCUACGACUCCCCUCACUGCGCACGGUCAGCUCGCAAGUCAUAGAGCAGCUGUUCUUCGUGCGGCUAGUCGGCAAGACGCCCAUCGAGACCCUGAUCAGAGACAUGUUGCUGUCAGGGAGCUCGUUCUCGUGGCCCUACAUGGCGACCAUGUGACAUACGAUGUGGCGACAGCUGGCGGCGGCCUGAUCCUCGCCCUACGGCUUCCCGCCGUACCUGCCGAGCCAGCGCUUCGACUUCCAGCGGUACCGUGACGCGCCCGAGGACGCUGUGACGUCAUCCAGCGAGUUCCACGAGGACACCGCAGAGGAGUACUUGCGCAGGGACAGCGAGCGAGCCGACCCGUGCCCGACCUUCGACCCUAUCUCCGCGUUCUACCCGCCAAAAGCAACCGAGCAUCAGGAGUUGGAGGUGGCAACUACAACCAGCAGCGAGACCCACAAGAGUUCCAGCUCCAGCAAGUCCAUGAUGAUAGACAACCUCCUCAACAUCCGCAGCCAGGACUCGUCAUGUCUACCGGACAUCAAGUGAGGGACUUAAGGUUUGUUAGGGGUCAGUAGUGUCUAUUAGUUCAAGUUUUUUGUUCCUCUGUAAAAAUAUUUAGGCUAGAUUUAAUAUUUAAUAUUGUACAUAAAAUGUUUUUAUUAUUGUAAAUGUAUAGUUAGUGUAAGUGAGAUACAAAGUUUUCUAUGCGAUGGAUAAUUUUUAUUUAUAUGAAACUGCAUAACUGUUUCUGGUGAGAUGAAGUUUACUUUAUAUCUUUUCUUAUGUAUGUAAUGUGAAUUCAAAGUUUCUUCGUACCCAAUGUAUUUAAAACUAUGAAUUUUAUGGGACAAUCAAGGAUUGUAAAAAUGCAAUAAUGUGUACAUUCGGUCGUGCAAUGUCGAUGUGUAGUUAUAUGUAUAGAGGUAAUCUAAACAAAUAUUUGGGGGAUAUAUUUUCCGACUUCUCUUUUUAUUAAAGUGUAAAACAGCCUUAAAUUCAAAGAAAAAAAACUAAGGUAAUCAAAAAUGUUUUUUUCUUAUUUCUAAACUUUUCAGCUGCUAGUUUAUAAACAGAACAUAAAUCUAUUGUUGAAAAUUCCCACCUUUUCCCGUUUUCCAAUUUUAUACCGCUUUUAUGGCACUAGUAGCACAUAAAUAAGUUUUAUUUUUAAAAGAGCUCAACUCCUUUCAUUUUUAAGGGUACUGAAAUACUAAGUACAGUCACAGUAUUUAAGGCUAUUUUGCACUAAGUAUCUUUUUAGUCACAAAAUCUUUUAGUAUUAAAUAUAAAGUUAGUGUCUUCAUUUCAAACUGGUGCUCUUUCUACAAAUUUAUUUCUAUAAAUUCAUGAUAAUUUUCUACAAGUUGUAUAAUUCCGUAAAAGCAUUUAUACUUAAGUAAUGUUCCUUGGGUUUUUAUGGAUUUUUAAAUAGAUCUUUUCAACAAGUUAAAAGAAUUUUUAGUUGAAUUGUUUUUCUAUAUUUUUAUUGUUUUAACGUGUGACUUUUGUGUAUACCUAAUAUAAAUAAAUCAGUGAGAAAUAAUUCUUAAUAUAAUAUUAAAUCUAAACUAUGUAUUCAAAUAUAUUUUAAAAUAUUUUUCUUUUAUGAAACACCAAAAACUGUACUUACGAAACUUUUGAUAAAUUUUCUUGAUUUGUUUGUUUUUCGCAUGGUAUAAUGUGACAAAAUGUGAAAACCUCCUGCCAAAUCUGUUGUAAAUGAGAAGCAAUGUAUUUAUUCGCAAUAAUUGUACAGUGGCUGUAUGGGUGUGUGUAUGAGACGAGAUAUGUAUGAGAUAUUCAUAAUGAGGAAUAAAAAAUGUCUCUCUGGAUUUUCA